UAAACGAAACAAUUCCUUUCUAUCAGAAGAAAAAGAGUAAAGAGGAAGAAGAAAGUGGUUGUAUUUGAUCAUAUCAAUGGCGGAGAACAAGCAGAUCCCUCCACCCUACGAUCUGGAUGCCAAAUGGGACGCCUGUCUUGAUCUCACCGUCCGCCGCUUCGUCUACUCUUCCUUCGCAGGCGCUUUUGGCGGCCUCCUCCUCUUCAGGAGUCCUGUGACACGCUGGGCAUCUGUAGCUUUUGGUGCUGGACUGGGACUUGGAUCUGCAUAUACAGAGUGUUCUCAAAAGUUUGGUGGCUACCCUGCAAUGUUUCUGCCUCCUAAGAUUUCAGAUGCUCCUGCUUCUCAGGAGGGACAGGACUGAUUAGAAGAUAUCAAAACCCUGGAGUUGGUUGGGUUUCAAAUCAGAAUUUUCAGAAGUUGAGAUUAUUGUUGCCAGUUUUUUCCUAAUCUCCCCCUGCAAUGGCUUUCAGCCAUGUAGUACAACAUUGUUAUGAGUACAUUAUUAGUUAUGAUCUCCCUACUGCCUUUUGCUCUGUAAUCCUAUGACCAAAUGGAGUGUAGUAGGAAGAAAAAAAAAAAGGAAGAAAUAAUUGAUUUUCUUUUGCUACUGAAUCUUCUGCAUAUUUCCUCAUUGUUUCAUUUCACUUUUGUUAUGGUUCCCGAGAAAAGGAAAUCUUCCUUGAAACUUUGUGCAAAAAUUUUGGUUUUAAGUUGGUUACUGGCUUGUGAAA